AUGGGUGACACCCACUACAUCGAGAGUUCAACAGAUGCGGGGCGAUUACGGUGGAGUGCUCCGGCCAGGGAAGGUCAAGUUAAAAUCUCAUGUGAUGCUGCGGUGGAUUUGAACCGAGGUUGUGGUUUUGGGGUGGUAUUGAGAGAUGUUGAAUGGAGCGUCAUAGGUUGCAAAUAUGGUUUCUGUGAUGAAGCAUUUACAGCCAUUGAAGCGGAGGCUAGAGCGGUUCUUGAAGGCCUUCGAUUAUGCCGGGAGCAUGGUAUCCUUUAUGCUAUUUUUGAAACGGACAAUCAAUCCCUAUAUUGGCUACUCAUGAAGCAAGAGAAGAACUCGUCUUACUUGGGGAAUUAUAUCAGUCAGAUUGAUGCGCUUCGGGCCUCCAUUCCUCAGCUGGCUUUUAGUUGGACUCCUAGAGAAGGCAAUGCCAAUGCUGAUAGUAUCGCUAAGUUUGCUUUAUGUAAUUCUUUGCACUUUUUGUUUGCUCGGGCUUUUCCUUAG